AGGCCGGCCCGGCUUGCCCGGGCGGUGCCGAAAACCGUGGCGGUGGGCCUGCCGUCAGGAGGUGGUAGGGCUGCUUCGGCCCCCCAGCUUCGCCUGGCGUCCUUACGCGUUCAGCCGAUUUCCUUUUGGUGCCUUUCUUCCAGACCCCCCUGAGGAAGACGAACGCUCUCAUUGCGCAGAUGGGAGUAACCUUCGUCAACGCGUAUGUUCCCAGUGCGCUUUGCUGUCCCAGUCGAGCUAGCAUUUUAACAGGAAAAUAUCCACAUAAUCAUCAUGUUGUCAAUAACACUCUGGAAGGAAACUGUAGCAGCAAGUUAUGGCAGAAGAUUCAAGAACCAUACACCUUCCCAGCGCUGCUCAAAACUAUGUGUGGUUAUCAAACGUUCUUUGCUGGAAAGUAUUUGAAUGAGUACGGAGCAGAGGAUGCAGGAGGAGUAGGUCAUGUCCCUCCUGGAUGGAGUUUUUGGUAUGCUUUGGAAAAAAAUUCAAAGUACUACAACUAUACUCUUUCAGUAAAUGGCAAAGCACGAAGGCAUGGUGAGAACUACAGUGUAGAUUAUCUGACAGAUGUACUGGCCAACAUGUCAUUGGACUUCUUGGAGUAUAAAUCUAAUUUUGAACCUUUCUUUAUGAUGAUCUCAACCCCAGCACCACACUCCCCUUGGACAGCUGCUCCACAGUAUAAGAAGAGCUUUCAGAAUGUCAGUGCACCAAGGAACAGCAAUUUUAAUAUUCAUGGAAAGAACAAGCACUGGUUAAUUCGACAAGCAAAGACUCCAAUGACUAACUCUUCAAUACAGUUUCUUGAUGACGCUUAUAGAAAGCGGUGGCAAACUCUGCUGUCAGUAGAUGAUCUGAUAGAGAAACUAGUGAAGAAACUGGAACUGAAUGGAGAAUUGGACAACACGUACAUCUUUUACACAUCAGACAAUGGCUACCACACUGGCCAGUUUUCUUUGCCCAUAGACAAACGGCAGCUGUAUGAGUUUGAUAUCAAAGUUCCAUUGCUAGUUCGAGGACCAGGGAUAAAACCAAAUCAGACAAACAAGAUGCUUGUUGCAAAUAUUGACUUGGGUCCCACUAUUCUGGAUAUCGCAGGGUAUGACUUGAACAAGACCCAGAUGGAUGGGAUGUCACUGUUGCCGCUGUUGACAGGAGACAAAAAUGUGACAUGGAGAUCGGACUUCUUGGUGGAGUACCAAGGAGAAGGAUACAAUGGCAGUGAUCCUACCUGUCCUGGCCUAGGACCUGGAGUCACACACUGCUUCCCAGACUGUGUCUGUGAAGAUUCCUAUAACAACACAUAUGCUUGUGUAAGGACACUGUCAACUUCCUGGGAUCUGCAGUACUGUGAAUUUGAUGACCGGGAGGUGUUUGUGGAAGUGUAUAACUUGACUGCAGAUCCACACCAGAUCAAUAACAUUGCUAAAACAAUUGAUCAAGAAAUUCUAGAAAAGAUGAACUAUCGAUUAAUGAUGCUGCAGUCCUGUUCAGGAGCAACUUGCCGUACACCAGGUGUCUUCGAUCCUGGGUACAGGUUUGACCCGAGGCUCAUGUUCAGCAAUCACGGUGUCCGGGCUCGGAGGUUUUCUGCACAGUCCUUGAAAGGCACUUAAGAGCCUCUUGCAGUAUCUCCUUCUGACCAGUUUCUCCAGUGACUGCAGCAGGUCUGUCUCUAACUCUUGUGGAUCACAGCUGGAAGACUUUUAAUGGGCUAUUCCAACCCUGUUUGGAAGAAAAACCCUUGUCUUUAGCUGGUUGCCUUGUGCAAUAUGUAUAUUUUUACAGCUGAACUGUAACUCUAAAUCGUUAGACACAGCUAAUCUGUCUUGCUCAGAGAGUUGAUUACCACCUUUGUCUUUCAAGUACCUUUUCCUAUCACAGGCACAGAGGUGAAUCUAUGCCUAUGAAUCUGAACAGUUUAUUUUGUUCUAAAAAUCAAUAAAUGCAUAUUUGAGUCAGGUUAGAUAGGCAGGUGCUAUUGCACAGUAAUGCUCACCCAUAUUCAGUGUCACAGACUUUCUUAAAAGCUACAGUUAAUUAUAGGUUUCCUGUAUCAAGCUCAAAGCUGUUAAUGGCAAUAGCAAACCAGCCCAAAACAGUGUAGGAAGGCAUUAGUCAAAACUGUAGGAUCUGACUAGCAAGUGUCUUAUGCAGAAUUAAAAUCCAUACGCUAAAUACUCUCUUUCAAUGAGACCACUUCAGAUGAAACCAAUGAAUUUUGUAGGACAGCUUUGGUAGCUUGCAGACAAGAAUGUAAUUUCAACCUCCUUCUAGUUUGAAAUGCUAGAAUGGGUUACUAUGUACUACUGAAAAAAUUCUUAGGGCUUAAUAUAGGCUUCCUAGUGAGUUAAACGAAAGAGUGUUGAGACUAACAAGUAUUCAAAUAAGCGUGCCUGUGUUUUCAGCUAACUAUUAAGACUGUUUUAACAUGUGAACAGAAGUAAUACUAAGGAAAAAAAAUCCACAAAAAAACCAAACCAGGGCACCAUGGUAGAGUUGAUCUGUCUCUAACCUCCAAAUGUCUUGAAUUAUCUAACAUGUUGAUUAGAUUCUUGAAGGUAAAUUAUUUUGAAAGCAAACUAGCUAAAAAUAAAUAAAUCAUUGCUUGCUAAAGUUAGGCUAAGAGGGCUAUUUUAGGCAGUUUAAGUGCUUCAUAGUGUUGCUUUUUGACUGAGACAUAAUUAUUCAGAACCUGCAGUAAGUGGCCUUCGCACCAAAGGACUGCAUGUCAGAGGCCUGACUGCAGAUGUUACCACUUGGUUCCCCUUUGGAAGGGUGAUGUUGUCUUUUUAACCUGGUCUGAAAUGCAGCUGUCACUUGCACCCAAACUUGAGUAUCUUUCUAAAUCUUGAAGAACACCCAAACUUGCAUGAGCAUGUAACUUCUACAUAUUCAUUGGCAAAACACCUUCUAGAAGCACUGAAUUGUGUCUCUUGCAAGACAAGUUCAUGUUGCUUGUGUGCAAAUCAGCUGUGUUAUCCAGGUGAGAUAAUCGUUCCCUUGUCAAACAAACUGUGGCACAACUGUUUAGUUUUCAGUUAGUUACUUCAGAUCUUUUACCCAAAUAGAGAGCAUGAUGAUUUCAACUUCUGUCAUGUAAAACCUUCUACUAAGUAAUCAUUGAGUAGGCGACAAAGUAUGACCCUUUCAAAACUGUGAAGGUACAUGCCCCAGGGCACAGAUCCACAAACUGGAUGCAGGCAAUGCUACAGAAAGAUAAGUUGAACUUCCUUGGCUUUUAAUUCUGAAGCACAGAAGUUGUCCUUCAUGUAGCUUAGAGUUGCAAACUUCUGUGGUGGUCUACAGGUUAGAUUUUACAGAGCUUUUGUCUCAAAUCUAACUCAUUGUUUCAAAUCUCUAGAGCGACCAAAUAUUUGGAGAAGAAAAAUUGCUUGAAAGGUAACUAACUUCCACUGAAGCAUCUGUAUAAAUGCAGAGGUUUUGGGAUAUUCAAACUACUUACUUUCAAAUACUCAGGACUGUUUGGGGUUUUUUUUUCCGCUACAACUGUAGCUUUAUCCUGGUUUUUGUUUCUCAAGCCUUAGUAUUGCCCAUCAAUAUCCUUCAGAUUCUGUUUUGUCUUUAAAAACAAAACCAAAGUUGUUUUCAUGCUCUCAAGCAUUUUCUUGCACACUGAGCUAAACCUAGAGUUCAUUUAUCUAGUGUUUUGCUCAGAUAAUUCUAGCAACUUAGACUUGUUCUUUGUUUAAACUUCUUCUUGGUAGCUGUGUGGAGGCUAGAGUGAAAUACAUGGAUUGCUGCACAUCAAACCCUCAACAGUUCUAUCAAAUCUACAUCAUAUGUCAAGUUUCUAUUUAAGUUUCAGUGCAAGUAAUGUGUGUUACAUUGCUGCUUAAUACAAAAAACUUUGUUAUGGUACAGAUGUCUAACACUAUCUUUUUUUAAAGUGAUCUUAAGCCAUAAAAAGGAAACUUUCUUUGAAUGAUUUACUUUUUGCCUAAUAACUAACAUGAAAGAUGAGUGAAUUGAUACAGAUUGUUCAGUCAGUGUGACCAGAUGUUUUACACAAAUUAACACUUGCUAUCUGCAUGCACCUGUAAAGCAUUUUGUAAGGAGGCUCAGUAACUUACACCCUCUUGGUCAGAGAACCACACCAUACCUGACAUCUGUCAUGGGUAGUAAAUGGUGUAUUAAAGUGAAAUUCAGAAUUAAAUUAGUCCUUACUUAACCAGAACAGUGCUUCAGGAAGAUACCUGCUUCACUCCCACUUUUGAUGAAGUUGUAAGAACUGUUCAGCAAAAGCAUGUAGCUGAAGGGAGAACAGGACCCAAGAGCUGCCUGCCUUCCAUGGCUUUUAGAGGAGUUUGUUACUUGUCUGGUGUCUAUUUCCACAAAGCAGUUAAUUCUGAGUAUUUUUACAACCUUGAAUGAAUAGUGUUAAUUAUCCUUGAUGAUUAAAAAACCACUAUGAAGGAAUUUUGACUCUUCUCCAGACCUAAUUCCCAACCAAGUGAUUUUAAAACUAAAUGGUCUUCCUGGAUAUUUCAUUUCAUAUGCUAUUUGACCAUGGCUGUAUCUGUACCUUGAUACUGAAGGCAUUCAUGUUAAGUGAAAGGGCCUUGCCAGUACACAGUUCUAAACGAAAGGGCCUGACCAGUACAGACUUGGGUUUAGGUAAAAUGUGAUUUU